ACAACAAAAAACCCUUCAAACAGUUGGAGUCAUUUUUGUUCUUCCAAAUGACACAGUUUCAAACACGUUGAGAUCUCUAGCUCCGAACCCUGAUUGAAGAAGAACUAAAGCCACAUUGGUUUGGGGUUUAUGCUUAUGCGUGUUUCUUCAUUGCAUCUUCUUCUGAUUGAUCUCCACCAUGGACAAGAACUGCAGCAGCAACAGCUUCAACAGCAUGAAGAGGCUUGCGUUCUCCGAACCCUUCAUGUCACAGAGGAGAAAAGUAGUUUCUGGUUUCAGUUUAGGCCUUGGAGCUUCUCUCCUCUUUCUCACUCUUCUAUUCCUCAACACUUCCCUUAUACCUCCCAAAGUUCAAGUCUUUCUUCAAGGAUCUGGUUCCGCCAUUUCCAAUUCUUCUUCUUCUUCCUUCUAUUCUUGGUCAUUUUCCAUCAGAACCAAACAUCCCUUCGCUUCUUCUUCUGUGGCGAAUAAUAAUGAUGCUUCUUUCACUGUGACUUCUCCGCAGAGGGAUGAAGAACGAAUUGAAGAAACUCGCGGAGUGAAUGCUUCAAGUCAGGGUUUGAACAAGAAUACACGGUUUGCGAAUUUCACCGUCGGUGGUGAGAAUGCAACGCUUAAUAGUAGUGAAGUGCAACAGUUUCCGCUGAAAUCCAACGGUGAGAACGUUACAUUGGUCACUGAGAUUGGGAACUUCACUGAUAAUAGGGUUGUCAAAGAUGUGGACUUUGCUGCGAAUGCAACUGUUUCUUCUUCUUCUGGUGAAUCAAACGUGACUUCUGUUAAUAAUAAUAAUAACAAUAAUAAUAGUAAUAAUGAUAAUGUAACUGUGGUUAUUGAUGAUGGUGGUUCUUCUUUACAAGAUGUGAAGAUGGAGGGUCGUUUUAGUUUAAAUGAUGAGAAUUGUGAUAUCUAUGAUGGUAUGUGGGUAAGGGAUGAUUCAAAGCCAUAUUACCCCUUAGGUUCAUGUCCACUCAUCGAUAGGGAUUUUGAUUGCCACCUUAAUGGAAGGCCUGAUAGUGAUUAUGUGAAAUGGAAAUGGCAGCCACAUAAAUGCGACAUUCCAAGUUUAAAUGCAACUAAUUUUCUGGAGAGGCUGCGAGGUCAGAGGCUAGUUUUUGUGGGGGAUUCACUGAACAGGAACAUGUGGGAGUCGAUGGUGUGUAUACUGCGUCAAAGUGUCAAGGACAAGAAACGUGUUUUUGAAAUUUCUGGAAGACAUGAAUUUAAGAAGAAAGGUGUUUAUGCUUUUAGAUUUGAGGAUUAUAAUUGCUCAGUAGAUUUUGUUAGUUCACCAUUCAUUGUUCGAGAGUCAACUUUCAAAGGCAUAAAUGGAUCAUUUGAGACAUUAAGAUUGGAUUUGAUGGACCAGACAACUACUGUAUAUCAUGAUGCUGAUAUCAUUGUCUUCAAUACUGGCCACUGGUGGACGCAUGAAAAAACAUCUAAGGGAGAAGACUACUAUCAAGAAGGCAACCAUGUAUACCCAAGACUCAAGGUUUUGGAUGCAUUUAGAAGGGCUUUGACGACUUGGGCUAGAUGGGUCGACAAAAAUAUUGAUGCCAACCGAACUCAGGUUGUCUUCAGAGGAUACUCAAAUACCCAUUUCAGAGGUGGGCAAUGGAACUCCGGAGGGCAGUGCCAUAAAGAAACGGAGCCGAUAUAUAACACAACUCACUUAAAGAAAUACCCUUCAAAAAUGAGGGCUUUAGACAAUGUCAUCAUAAAAAUGAAAACACCAGUGAUGUAUAUGAACAUAUCAAGGCUAACAGAUUACAGAAAAGAUGGCCAUCCUUCUAUAUACAGAAUGGAGUACAAGACCGAAGCUGAAAGGGCUGCCGCCGAGCUACACCAAGAUUGCAGCCAUUGGUGCCUGCCUGGAGUACCGGAUACUUGGAACGAAUUACUCUAUGCUUCUCUCUUGAAAUCUGGAAGAGGCAGUUGGAAAAGCUGAGUAAGGUUGCUGAAAGGCUAUGAACACCGGAUUUCUCAUUCUUUAUGCAUAUAUCUAGUUUGAAAACGUGUAAAUAAUGUUCAUCACAGCAGGGUAUGAUGUCUUCAUUCUUCAGUCAUAGUUUUUGCAGAUGAUUAAUGAGUGGGAAGUUUAUUUGUAUUAUUUUCUGUAUCCAUCUAGUUGCAAGCACAUUUUAGUCAUUCAGCUUGUUUAGCGUUAAGAAAACUGUAGAUUUAACAGCAUAA